AUGGUUGAGACAGUCAUUCUUGCUGGCAGGCAAACUGUUGCGUUAAGAGGACAUCGUGAUGAUUCACAGCAUUACUCUUAUACCAAUCCAGAAAACUUUCAGGCAUUCCUUAAUUACAGAGUAAGUGGUUGUGAUAAAGUCCUUGCCGAACAUUUUCAAAAAGCAAAGAAGAACGCUACUUAUCGGUCCAAGACAAUACAAAAUAAACUUGUGAAGAUAUGUGGCAAACAAAUCGAAGGAAAAAUUAUUUCGGAGAUCACUGGCAGCAUUUGUCCAAUUUAUUCUGUGCUUGCAGACGAAGCAGCUGACUGUGGAAAUAAGGAACAAAUGCCGAUUGUUUUGCGCUAUGUUGACUCUAAUAAAGAAAUCAAUGAGAGAUUCAUCAAGUAUGUUCAUUGCAAAGAAGGCACGACAGGUCUCGCAUUGGUGAUGAAUAUUGAAAACACACUGGAGGAG